AUGUCCUCUCAGCCAUUACCUGGACGGCCAGAGCGCAUUUAUCUACCCACAGAAAUAUGGCAAACGAUCCUUCGACACGCCAUUUUCGUCCCGCUCUUCUUUGACACUGAUCCUCUCUCGUCCUAUGGCCUUGCCGCUCUUCGCGGCUAUUAUGAUAUGUCCGGAUACUGGGACUCUGAGCGUACGAGGAACAAGCUCCGACGCGUAUGCUCGUCUUGGAAUGCAUAUCUCCAACACUUUGCGCACCGAUUCGUCGCGCUCAAGGACGUUGUCCACAAUCAUGUUCCUAUAGCGGCCCUACCGCUCGCAUAUAGGAUUCACAUGACCGCAUGCAAGUGCUUCGCGUGCAUAAACCAUGGAUUGCAGAAUACGGGUCACCUAGCCUCAAGCGUCUCAAGAUCUGACUCCAAGGAACCAGUUGACCGGUCGUGGAGAGUAGAGAUUUUGGAGAUUGACCACCAUUGGCUCCGGGAAGACGCCCUUCUGAAGAUUCUCGCGUCAAAAUCUCAUGUGCGGGUGUAUAUCAGACCGUUAUUGAUCAAGGUGAACAAAACCAUCGAACACCAGUCCUCUUCAGAGUUGCGUCUAUACAGUGGUCUACCCGGGACGGAGAUUUGCUCUGUGCAGAACCUAUCUACACUCCGACUCGCCCUGGACACCUCCCUUGUUUCAACAAUCCCUCCGAUGCCCAAUCUCAAACAUCUCUCUGUCAUUUUCACCGACAGGAGAAUUCCCGGGGACGCGACUUGCUCAUCAACUGGCUUCAGCAGAUUGGCCACCAACUCCUCACCUUGUUUUGGGCGACCGGUGAACGAGUCAAUUACAAGCUCCCUAUCCCUAUUUGGUCACUUUGUCCAUCUAUUACCUCGCUUCAACUCCCAAGCGACACUCUCUGGUCAUCCCCACCGCCUACACACCCAAUUACGUACCUCCGACUCAACUUGGGUCCGGAUAGGAACGAAAAUCGUUCAAAAUGCGCCUAUUGCGAUCUAUUUCACCCAAUAUUGA